AUGUUUUCACAUCUUUUUUUUGACUGUGUCCUGCUCAUGCUGCUACUGCUUACAAGUUCUUUGAAAGGGGCAUAUGUGUCUCAGGUGGGUCAGAAUGCUGAUCUGCCCUGCACCUACUCUCCAGCUACCACUGAGAAUCUCGUGCCUGUGUGCUGGGGCAAGGGACCCUGCCCUGUGUUUGAAUGUUACGGAUUGGUGCUCAGGACUGAUGGAAGGAACGUGACCUAUCAGACAUCCAGCAGAUACCUACUAAAGAGGGAUUUGCACAAAGGUGAUGUGACCUUAACCAUAAAGAAUGUGACUUUAGCUGACAGUGGUACCUAUUGCUGCCGGAUCCAAUUCCCAGGUCUAAUGAAUGAUCAAAAAUCAAACCUGGAGUUGAUCAUCAAACCGGCCAAGGUCACCCCAGCUUGGACUCCAUGGAGGGACAUCACUACAGCCUUUCCAAAGAUGCUCACCACAAAGGGACCUGUCUCAGAGACACAGACACUGGAGGCCCUCCAUGAUAAAAAUCAGACAGGAAUAUCCACACUGGCUACUGAGUUACAAGACAUGGGUGCCACCACCAGAACAGGCCUCUACAUAGGAGCAGGAGUCUCUGCUGGGCUGGCUCUGAUUCUUAUCUCCGGUGGUUUAAUUCUCAAAUGGUAUUCUGAUAGGAAAGAGAAGAUAAAAAAUUCAAGCCUCAUCACUUUGGCCAACCUUUCUCCUUCAGGGUUGGCAAAUACAGCAGCAGAGGGGAUGCACCCAGAGGAAAACAUCUAUAUCAUUGAGGAAAACGUAUAUGAAGUGGAGGAUCCCUACGAGUAUUACUGCUCCGUCAACGGUGGGCAGCAAUCCUAA